AUGCCUGUUGACUUCUUAACUAGUGUAUUCUUUGAUGGUCCAGAGGUAAUACCGUAUUGGGAUCAAAUAAAAGAAUAUGGACCAACAAUACUACCUAUUUUAUUAUCUAUAAUCUUUGCAAAAUAUUAUUUUAGAGGUUCAACUAAUACUUGGGAAAGAGAUUUACAUGGGAAAGUAUAUAUUAUAACUGGUGGUACAUCGGGGAUAGGAGCAGCUCUUGCGUUUGAAUUAGCUACAAAAGGAGCACAAUUAAUUUUAUUAACUAGAAGAACAAAUGAUUUAUGGUUAGCAGAAUAUAUUGAAGAUUUAAGAGAUAAAACUAAUAAUCCUUUAAUUUAUGCUGAAGAAUGUGAUUUAAAUUCAUUAUACUCGGUAAGAAAAUUUGCAACAAAAUGGUUAGAUAAUCAACCACCAAGAAGAUUAGAUGGAGUCCUAUGUUUAGCUGCUGAAUCAAUUCCAAGAAAUUCCCCAAAACAAUUUACAAUAGAAGGUAUAGAAAGACAAAUUGGUAUAAAUUAUUUAGGACAUUUUCAUUUAUUAACUUUAUUAGAACCAAGUUUAAAAGUUCAACCACCAGAUAGAGAUGUUAGAAUUUUAUUAGCACUUUGUUCAUCACAAAAUUUAGGAGAUAUAGAUUUAAAUGAUUUAUUAUGGGAACACAAGACAUAUCCAAAAUCACAACCAUGGAAAGUUUAUGGUACCUCUAAAUUAUUAUUAGGAUUAUUUGGAAAAUAUUAUCAAAAACAAUUAAUGCAAUAUGAAAGAAAAGAUAAAGCUCCUUGUAAUAUUAGAAUAAAUUUUGUAAAUCCUGGUAUUGUUAGAUCACCAUCAACAAGAAGAUUUAUAUCAAUGGGUACAAUAUGGGGAUUAUUGUUAUAUCUUUUAACUUUCCCCAUAUGGUGGAUAUUUUUAAAAAGUGUUUCACAAGGAGCACAAACUUUUUAUUUUGGAUUAUUUAAUCCAAUAUUUAUGAAAUUAGAAGGUGGGAAUUAUUUACAAGAAUGUAAAAUUAUAACAAAAGUUAGAAAAGAAUAUGAUGAUGAUGAUUUACAAUCUAAAAUUUAUCAUAAUACUCUUGAGCUAAUUAAAAAAUUUGAAAUUCAAAGUGCAAUUGAAAGAAAAAAACACAAGACAAAAGAACAACUCGCAAAGGAAGAAAAAGAUGAAUUAAAUCGUAAAAAGGAUAUUAAUAUAAAACCAAAAACAACUGAUGAAUUAGAACAUAAAUUAAAUUCAUUAAGAAGUCAAAUUGGUUUAGGAAGUGGUUCAACUACAAAUACAAAGGAAUUACCAUUAUUUCCAAAUGUUGAUGAUUUAAAUAGUCUAAAACAAGGUAAAAAUGUAAAUAGUAAAAAAUAA